AUGUGGAAGCAGUUUAGUUUACGCGGCAGCUUCAAAUGGUACGAUGUGUUGAGUGAACUCCUGACUGCCUACAACAGUCGCAAGCAUCGUACUAUCGGUAUGGAGCCUAAGGAUGUGACGGCUGCCAAUGUCGAGCUAGUCAUGAAAAAGUUUGCAUAUGAGGUAGUAGCAGCAAUGCAGCAGCAGCAGAAACCAAAGUUCAAAGUCAAUGACAAAGUCCGAGUAAACAAAGCAAAAAAUUUGUUCGAAAAAGGCUAUACGGCCAACUGGUCGACCGAGAUAUUUACUAUCUCUCGAGUCAGACGCACGAAGCCAGUGACUUAUGAACUAAGAGACUUGUGCGAUGAGCCUAUCGUUGGCUGCUUUGACGAGCAAGAACUCUCAAAUACGGCCCAUUCGGAUGUCUAUCUCGUCGAGAGGGUCUUGAAGAGACGAGGUGAGGAGGUAUUUGUAAAGUAG